AUGGCCAAUGUACGAAUGUCCCAGCCGGGCACACCGGCCACCACCCAGCCAAACUAUAUGAAAGUAUUCAUCCAGCGGGACUACAGUGAAGGCACGUCGGUAAAGUUCCAGAACCGAUUUCCGCCAGAGCUGGAGAGUAGGAUCGAUAGACAUACGUUCGAGAGCACCAUGAACAAACUGAACGAGUAUUUCGCCGAGGCUGAGAAAGGAUCCUGCAGCACAUACUGUGAAGGUUGUCUGGCCUGUAUUACAGCGUACUUGAUCUACAUCUGCACGGAAACACACUACGAAAAGUGUCUCCGAAAGGUGUCAAAAUACAUAGCGAUGCAAAACGAACGGGUAUACAAUCCAAAGGGGCUGCAAAUCACGGACCCAGUGUAUCGUGGGCUGCGUGUAAUAGAAAUUUCCAUCCUCGAUCGACCCGGGCGCACGUGACUGCCGCUGUCCCAUUCAACGGAGGAGUUUUUCAUGUAGAAAGGUGUCGCCCGUGCGUUGCCAAACGUGUCCUCCGGCGAAUAGGCGUGUAGGGGAAUAACGCAGCAUUAGCGUGCAGCAAUCGUAUGGAAACUUAAGGAUAG